AUGCCGCUCUCGCCCGGCGGCUCGCGCCAGCUCCAUCACCAUCAGCAGCAGCAGCAACAACAGCAGCAACAGCAGCAGCAGCAGUACGGCUCGCCGCAGAUCGCGCGGCGCGCGUCGGACGCGGCGGCGCCGCACCUGGACGGCCUCGGGCGCGGCGUCCCGCUCUCGUCCGUGCCCGCGUCCUGGCCGCUGUACAUCGUCGAGUUCAAGGCGGGCCGGACGGACCUGUUUUAUUGCACGAACCUGAGCCUGGACGUGCGCGUGGGCGAUCUGGUGAUCGUGGAGGCGGACAGGGGGAAGGAUCUGGGCAAGGUCGUCAACGACACCAUCACGCUCGCGGAGGUGGAGGAGUAUCAGAAGGCGCAGGCGGCGGGGGGAGGAGGGGUCGGGAUGGGGGUCGGUGGGGGUAUCGGAGGAGGAGGAGGAGGAGGAGGAGGAGGAAGCGGGGAUGGGCAGGCUGGUGGACAGGGGGGAGGGGGAGGGAAGGAGAUCGCGCCGAAGAUGAUAUACAGUAAGGCGGGUCCGCAGGAUACGGCGUUGCUGCUGGCGAAGAUGCAGGACGAGGUGAAGGCGCUCCAGCUGUGCCAGCAGAAGGUGCGGCAGAAGAAGCUGCCGAUGGAGGUCAUCGACGCCGAGUACCAGUGGGACCGCCGCAAGCUCACGUUCUACUUUGUGGCCGAGAAGAGGAUAGAUUUUCGCGAGCUCGUGCGCGAGCUGUUCCGCCUGUACAAAACGAGGAUCUGGAUGGCGUCGCUGCAGGGCCCGAACCCCGGAGGCUUCGAACAAUGA